AUGUUACCACUUCUCUCUUUUCUGUUUCUGGGCAUGCCGCUCGUGGUAGCUUCAUCUUCCCCUGAGCCCUGUACUCUCAUCACAAAACAGAUUCGCGAACAUCAAAAGUACAAUAACUCCGCAUCCGUUUUACAAUUUCCUGGCCAACUCGCUGAGGAUUGUCUCCAGUCCAUGCCUUUCUACCCUGAACUUGCCGAUCCCUUUCUCGACGAACUCGGUAAAUACGUCCAAUGGCAGUCCACUCUCGAGGUUCUCAAAAACCCUCCUGAUAUUUACAUGUCCUCGCCUACCGAUAUACUGGGCGGCCUUGAGAUAAUCCGCAACACCAAAUACUCAAGCCAGUGGGAGUUUGAUCAGGCAAUUAAAAGCCUUAUUAAUAGCGCCAAUGAUGGCCACUUCGAUGUGGAACUAUGCUCCUUCACUCCCUUCACUUUUAUGCGCAACACGGCUUUGGUGUCUGUCUCGAAGGACGGCAUCAAGGCACCUGAACUAUACACGCUUACAGACGCCAAGCUUCUCAACAGAGCGGAAGCCAAAAUCUCUCCCGUCGUGUCAAUCGAUGGCCGAGAUGCUAGCUCGUACCUGAAGGAAAUCGAAGAUCAAGUGCUGAGCCAAGAUCCUGAUGCGCGAUACAAUACGCUUUUCUUUUCCUUCUCUGGCAAUCCCGGUGGUGUUCUUGAUGGACGUAAUGUGUAUCCUGGCUCUAAUAUCACUACGCUCGAGUUCCGCAAUGGGACUACCCUUGAGGUGAAGAACAUGGCCGAACUUAACGACCCUGGCUUUGAGGCUAGGAACGGCAAGGACGUCUUUGAUAUGUACUGUCGACCAACACCAUCAAACUCAUCAGACAACUCGAGUACUUCGGAACCGGUUGUUAAGCCUCCUCUGAAGUCAGGCCCCGUCGGUUACCCCGAACCACUGAUCCGCGACCCCUACAACCAAAUGAACGGUUAUUAUCUGGACGAUGAUACUGUAGUCAUGAUGAUCCCUUCUUUUAAUGGAUAUGGACUGCCCUCGAAUCAAUCGUUUACAUUUGGCCAUUACGCAACUAAGAUUGUAUCAAAGGCCUUGGCAGAUGGCCGUACCAAGCUAAUCAUCGACGUCUCUGGCAACCCGGGUGGGAAUGUUGACAGAGCCUUUAAUCUAUUCAAGCUGUUUUUCCCUUCCGAAUUUCCCUAUUCGGCCAACAGAUUCCGACGCCACGAGGUCUCUGAGGGCCUCGUUAAGGUCUUUUCAGCCGUCAGCAGAUCGACGGCGUUGGAGAAUGCCCCUAUUAAUGUCGCCAAGAUGGCAUAUUCCGUGGAGGAAUUUCUUGGCGAUACCACGCAGUUGGGCACCCCGGCAUCUGGCAACAGCGACACUCCUAUUCGUGGGUACGCUGGCCGACCCCUCAACAAGACGCAGCCAUUCAAGGCGGAGAACAUUGUCAUCAUUGGCGACGGAUUGUGCGCUUCGACCUGCUCCAUUUUUGUCAACUUGAUGACAAAUAUCGGCGGCGUCCGGGCUUUGCCCUUUGGAGGGCAUCCUAAUGGACAGCCUAUGCAGAUCAUGGGAGGUGUUCGGGGUUCGCAGACCUUGACAUUCGACAAUAUUGCAACGGUGGUGAGCGCCGCCAAAUCGUUUAUGACAAAGGAAGAAAACGAGCGAUUCAUGAAGGCGGCUACUCGGCCUCACUUCCUGAAUGCCUACCAGGAGGGGGACGAUGAUCUCCCUCUUCAGUUCCAGUACCAGGCCAGUGACUGUCGUCUUUACUAUACCGCUGAGAACAUCUAUCAUCCGGAAACCAUAUGGAAGUCGGCCAAAGAGGCCAUCUGGGGUAAUGGGUCUUGUGUCAAGGGCUCGACCGGCGGCACAGGUUCCCUUGAGGGCAGGAAGAAGGGCAAGAAGAACGAGUCGGAGGGUGGUUAG